UCGUCGACUGUUUCCGCGCCACCGGCACCUUCGUCAUCAUCACCGUCUUCAGCGUGCUCUGUUUCGCCGGUUUCGCCUUCUUCACAGGUGUCACCCACGUUUUCGUCUCCCGCGGCGCCGUCGUCGCGCGUGGAGGUUGCGGCUGCUUCUGCAGCCGACACAUCAUCUUCUGCCGCUCCUUCCGCCGGAUCGCCUGUCUAUCUUUUGGAAUCACUCGCCUUAGACACUGCUCAUCUGCGGGACUGCGUCCAGAGUUUUAGAGCUGUGGAUUGGGCUCGGGAACAGCAACAAGAAAGCGAAUGUGUGGCGGCCAUGCGUUUUCUUUCCCGUGGCUCUCCCUCCCCACCUCCCCCUGAUUUGCUGACCCUCGCUGCCACACUUCGUUCUCCCCGAUUAGACGACGUGUUGGCGCUGGCGGCGAAAGCCAGGUUGCACACGACCGACGACAACGUCACUCUUCUCGUGCACAAAUCAGCGCCGUCGCCGGUUGGACGCUCUGGGGGUAGGACCACUCGCUUGCCGAAUAAUGGAGUCCCUCGUGUAUACGUGCCGAUGCUCAUGCGUCCGUGGGUUUUGCGUGCUUGCCAUACCCACGCGUUCUUCCAUUUGGGUGUUCACCGUACACAGCGGCUGCUCGAACGUUUUUACUGGUGGAUUGGUAUGGAUCGCUCCGUGCGCUGGUGGCUCCGAUCGUGUCUAGUGUGUCAAGCCCGCAAGACUUCACGCCAAACUGCUCGGUGGCCCAUCAUCGCUAUGCCGCUGCCGCAAGGGCCUGGAACUGUCGUCGGCGUCGACUUCUUUGGGCCUCUGCCAUUGACUGCCAAGGGCAACUCUUACAUCUUGCUGUUCACCGACCGCUUCAGCCGGAGAGCCGACAUGUUCCAUGUGAUAGCCGCUGAAUUUACGGCCAAGGGAACGGCCAACAUCUUCGUCAACCAGUACAUGACCAAGUGGGGAUGCCCGACUACGCUGUUGUCGGACAACGGACUUCAUUUUUGUUCGAAGCUCUCCAUGGCUAUCUACGAGGUGAUGAAAAUCAAGAAGGUCACCACCAGCUCCUACCACCCGCAGACCAACGGGGGCACGGAGCGCGUCAACCACACGAUGGCCCAAAUGCUUGCCGUUGCGGUCAACGAACAGCAAAACGACUGGGAUGUGCAUCUCCCACACGUUGAGUUCGCCUACAACAAUUCUGUGAACCAGUCUACUGGGUUGGCGCCCAACGAGAUCCACAUGGGACGUAUCCCGCGACUUCCGCUUUCGGUCUUCGAUCAUCCCUCAGUCGGUGGUCAUCAAAGCUUGGACCGUGAUCAACUCGAGUAUUGCAACCUGGCAGUAGAUCGGCAACGCCGAGCGUACGACCUGGUCCGAGAGUACAACGCUCUGAAAAUUUCGAGAGUCGAACGCCGCAAUUCAUCCAUGCUGGACGCCAUCAACAAGAUUCCGAAGUUUACUGUUGGAGCGUGGGCUUGGGUGUACAACACGGCUGCUACGAUUCGCCAAGGUGCGCGCAAGGACACCGAUCAACAGGUGCUCAAGGCCAAGUUCGCGCUCUCCUGGACGGGACCCUACAACGUACUUGCUGUGGGGCCAGCCUCUGCGAAAGACACCCCGGACGGACACCCAUUGGCUCACAAACUGCUCUACCUUGACCUUCCUUCUGAUCUUUCGGGCCCAGCAGCUCGUUCGAGGGUGUCUGUUCUUCGUUGCAAGCCCUGUCGCAACCCGUAUGAGACGGACGAUCGGCCACAGUCCAUGCCUGCAGAACUCUCUCGCUAUGUUUUGCAUUCUUUCGGAGAUAAAUGUCCGCCGUUUCAUGUCACCCCAGAUGAUGUGUUGGCGCCGGUGGGACGUCUGAAGGUUGACUACAUUUCGGGACACCAGCUGGUGCGUGGGCGUAGUGGCGUCCUCGCUGUCCUGUAUCACACGCAUUGGAUUGGGCUUGCUACUCCAUCCUGGGAACGUGAAUCCGACCUCGAGCAAUCCCGUCGACACAUCCUUUUGUAUUGGUCUCGGGAAAUUAGCCAAAGCAAGCAGGGUAACCGCGCUUACCGCAACACUCGGACGCGCGCGGCACAGCGGGAGCUCGCACGGACUCGUGGAGAACGUUAUCUGCCCCCGGGAGCCGAUCUUGUACUUCACGAGACUGGCUUCGCCGUUUCAGUUCUUCGCCCUUACCCGUGGGAGCGAGUCUGUGGUACAAGGCUCGAGACGGAUUAUGGUGGACGGGACGUAUCGGGGCUCAUCAGGGCGACUCCUACAUUGUUCGGUUCCUCGAUGAUCCUGGCCCCAGCGUUCUUCCCCUGCCUGAGGAUCUCUAUUCCACCGCCUUAAACGCCGUCUGUGGAUCCCGGUGUAUGGAGAAACAUCGUUCCCGCCCUUUGGGAGACAUCAGCGUCCGCAUCCGUCUUCCCGCUGACUCUUUACCGUCAGCCGUCCCCACGGUUUCUUCUUAGUGUAUUCGGCGCCUUGCGGGGACACUUCCCAUUUUUUUAUGUUUUAUGUGUUUUGUUUUGUUUUAUGCCUUACUUUUCUUUGGCGAUUUGAUUUUCUCAGAUCUUGCGUCUUGUUUUCUCUUGCUCCGUUUUUUUUUUUUUUUUUUGCGUUUCAAAGAAAAGAAAAAAACAGAAAAGACAAGAAACGAAAGGAACGAAAAGAAAAGAAAAGACCUGCCAAAAGCGCAAACCCGGUCCUCGGUUCCCAGUGUUCUG